AUGACUCUCUUUGAUGGCGUCUACCCCUUCUACGCGCAGCAGAGGAAGAGCUCCGUGUUUGAUGUCAGCACCAUCAUAGUGAUCGUGGUCUUCCUAACGGUCGCUUGCAGUUUCCUGCUCAUCAUCCCAGGCAUCCGCGGACGGGCGAGGUUGUACUGGACACUCCGGGUUUUUUUCAGCCUCUUCGUGGGAGUGGUGAUUGUCGUUGUCCAGUUCACAGGAGACUGGGAGACUGGCUGGGUGACAGCAAACACCUCCUACAAGUCCUUCAGCCAUGCCCUGGUGAACGCGGACAUCGGGCUGCACGUUGGUCUGGCGGGGGUGAACAUCACGCUGGUGGGAAACCCGGUGAAUCAGGUCAACGAGACUAUCAACUACAACGAGCACUUUGCCUGGAGCUUCAGUGCAGACUAUGACCACAGCUAUGCUGAAGGCCUGGAGAAGGGGCUGCCCAGCCCCGGGGGCCCCAGCCCCGUCCUCUAUGUGGCGGAGAAGUUCACCACACAGAGCCCCUGUGGCGUGCACAGGCAGUACCGCAUCUCCGGACACUACGCAUCGGCCACUCUCUGGGUGGCCUUUUGCACUUGGCUCAUCUCCAACAUCCUCUUCUCCAUGCCUGUCCUAGUCUAUGGAGGCUACAUGCUCCUGGUCACAGGGGCUUUCAUGAUCUUUUCGUUGCUCUCGUUCUUCACUGUGAGGAACUCCCCAUUGUGCCCCAUCCAGUUUGGGACCACAACCCUUCGCACAGGCUACGGGGGAUCUUUCUGGCUCACACUAGCGAUUGGCUUGCUCUGUUUCGUGGCUGGGAUCACUGUUGUCUCACUGCACUACUUCAACCUGGACCUACUGAAAACUUUCUUUGAUCUCCGUGAGGACAAAGCAGAGGAGUGCCAGGAAAUAACUGAGGUGUACAUCAACCCUCAUUUUCUGAAGAACGGACUGUCUCAGCCCUCCAAACUCAACCCCAGCAGCAUCUAG